AUGGAAUCGGUUCUUAUUUCAGAGCCCACGCAAGAAGGAGUCUCAGCAAAAAAUGCUGGACAAACAUUCAAGACAGGCGCAAAGAAGCUCUUUCGCAAGAUAACUACAAAGGAGGGCUUGUUUGGAGACUAUGACUAUGCUUUCCUGUUCACACCUUCAUAUCCAUUCAGAGACUGGAUCAACAAGAAAAGGGGUGUCCAACCAGUGGUGAGAGAUCAGCCAUUUUUCUCAGUAUACUCAGAGAUGCCUCUCUUCCUGGGUUUUAUCCUUGGACUUCAACACGCGCUGGCCAUGCUGGCAGGUGUCAUUACACCUCCAUUGAUUAUCUCUUCCGUUGCAAACUUCUCUACGGAGCUUGAAGAGUAUUUGGUGUCCGCGUCAUUGAUCACUUCUGGUAUUUUGUCGUGCAUCCAAAUCACUCGUUUUCACAUCCCUUACACGCCUUACUACAUUGGUUCGGGGUUGUUGUCUGUGGUGGGUACAUCGUUUGCCACUAUCACGAUUGUCGACAAGGCUUUCCCAAUGAUGUACGAUUCAGGGUUCUGCCCUGUCGCAGACGACGGUACUAAGUUGGCAUGUCCCGCUGGUUACGGUGCAUUGCUUGGUACAGCAGCCUGUUGCGCACUUCUAGAAAUGGCCAUGUCUUUCACUCCUCCAAAAGUCUUACAACGUAUCUUUCCUAAGAUUGUUACUGGUCCUGUUGUGUUGUGUAUUGCUGUGAGCUUGAUCGAAAGUGGUUUCGAAGAUUGGGUUGGUGGUAGUGGAUGUGUUGGUGCAAUUUGUCCUUAUGAAGGCGCCCCCAGAGCUGGUGAAUGGGGUUCCGCCCGUUUUGUUGGUUUAGGUUUCCUAGUGUAUUUGACGAUUAUUUUGUGUGAGAAGUGGGGUUCGCCAAUCAUGAAGUCCUGUGCGGUUAUCGUAGGUCUCAUUGUUGGUUGCAUUGUAGCAGCUGCGUGUGGUUACUUCGACCGUUCUUCCAUUGAUGUUGCCCCUGCCGCUACUUUCUUGUGGGUUCACACAUUCCCACUCAAAGUGUACGGGCCUAUAGUUCUUCCCUUCCUGGUGAUGUACAUUGUGUUGGCUCAAGAGUGUAUCGGUGACGUAACUGCUACUAGUGAUGUGUCACGUAUGGAAGUUGAAGGUGAAAUGUACGAAUCCAGAAUUCAAGGUGCUGUUUUGAGUGAUGGUUUGGGAGGUGUUUUGUCUGCCCUGUUUACUUUGCCACCAAUGUCAACUUUUGCACAGAAUAAUGGUGUUAUUUCCCUGACCAAAUGUGCCAACAGACAAGUUGGUUAUUGGUGUUGUUUCUUCUUAAUCGUAAUGGGAAUUUUCGCCAAGUUUGGUGCUGCCUUGGUUGCAAUUCCUAAACCUGUUCUAGGUGGUAUGACUUCGUUUUUAUUCACCAGUGUUGCCGCCUCAGGUCUUAAGAUUAUUUCCACCAUUCCAUUCACAAGAAGAGACAGAUUUGUUUUGACUGCUUCCUUGUUGCCUGGUUUGGGUGCCAUUCUUGUGCCAACCUGGUUCGAAAACGUAUUUACCUACAGCGGGGGUAACACUGCGCUAGAGGGUUUCCUGAACGCCAUUAUCUUGAUCAUGGAGUCUGGUUUUGCCGUUUGUGGUAUUGUUGGUAUUAUCUUGAAUCUUUUCUUACCUCAAGAACUUGAUGAAGCUCUCAUGGACGACAUUGAAAUCCAACAAGAGAACUUGUCAGUUUUGGAUGGACAAUCUUCUCCUAUGAUCAGUAAAGUUCUAAGCGCAAAGGCUAGAGAAGCCAAGGAUAAUCUAAAUUCGUCACAGAGCUACGAAAUGAAAGAAGAUAGGAUAAAUGUCACCGCUGGUGAAGCUAGUCAUUCUGAUUAA